AUGUUUUGCUGCUCCAGGUGCGGGAAAGGGUUCACUUGGGUGGACAACGUCCAGACCCAUCAGCGAUUCCACACAGGGGAGAGGCUCUUCAGUUGCCAUGAGUGCGGGAAAGCCUUCAGCAAUUCCUCCGACCUGCUGAAGCACCGGCGAGUCCACACGGGGGAGAGGCCAUUCAGCUGCCCCGAAUGUGGGAAGGCCUUCAGCGACUCCUCCAACCUGCUGAGGCACCGGCGGGUCCACACGGGGGAGAGGCCCUUCAGCUGCCCAGAGUGUGGGAAGGCCUUCAGCAAUUCCUCCAACCUGCUGGCCCAUCAGCAGGUCCACAUGGGGGAGAGGCCCUUCAGCUGCCCAGAGUGCGGGAAGGCCUUCAGUAAAUCCUCCAACCUGUUGGCCCAUCAGCGGGUUCACACAGGUGAGAGGCCCUUCAGCUGCCCAGAGUGCGGGAAGGCCUUCAGCAAUUCCUCCGACCUGCUGAGACAUCGGCGAAUCCACACGGGGGAGAGGCCUUUCGCCUGCCCAGAGUGUGGUAAGGCCUUCAGCAAUUCCUCUGACCUGUUGUCCCACCGGCGGGUCCAUACCAGGGAAAGGCCAUUCAGCUGCCCCGAGUGUGGGAAGGGGUUCACCCGCUCCUCCAAACUGCUGGCCCACCAAUGGGUCCACACCGGGGAGAGGCCGUUUGCCUGCCCCGACACUGUCCAUCAACACUAA